AUGCUGUCUUUAUGCCUUACUCUACCUGUGAUAACUGAUAUUGGUGCAAAUGUGAGCAUCAAGAUGCCUUUGACUCAUGCCUUGCAGCCCUUGCAUCCAAAAAUGGAUGGACAAGCUUAUGAGCCAACUGCUCCAUCCAAUGUAGAAGCACUGGGGCCUCAUCUAGUGACCUUAUGUUUCGUUUCGUUCUUGGACAAGGCCAGUCCGAACGGCUGGGUCUAG